UGUCUGUGUGUGUGUAUGUGUGUGUCUCUCUCUCUGUUGUACGUGUAUAAAUCCACUUCCCCUUGGCAUGUGAUCACUGGCGUCAAUUGUGUGUCAGUUUCGCAAGUUCCUCCCUGCUCCCCCACCCACUGACACAUACCCACACACACACACACACACACACACACACACGCGCGCGCCCAGAGCCGAGAAAUCAAAUUCAAACUAGGCAAAGAAUUAAGAAAAGGAGAGAAGAAGUGACAAAGCAGAUGGAUGAAUCCGUUCGAGAGCCACACACCCUCUGCCUCUUUGAUGUGGAUGGAACUCUCACCCCAGCCAGACAGAAAAUAGCACCAGAACUGGAUGAGUUUUUCCAGGGGCUGAGAAAGAAGGUGAAGAUUGGUGUGGUCGGUGGUUCAGAUUACUCCAAGAUCGCAGAGCAACUAGGAGACGGAGAGGAAGUCAUUCAAAAAUUUGAUUACGUCUUCGCUGAAAACGCAGUCCAGUAUCGAGAUGGUAUGUUUAUCGCAAAGGAGGCCAUCCAGAACUGCUUGGGUGAAGAGUUGCUGCAGGACCUCAUCAACUUCUGUCUCCGCUACAUGGCUCUGAUCAAACUGCCCAGGAAGCGGGGAACCUUCAUUGAAUUUCGGAAUGGAAUGUUGAAUAUCUCCCCCGUAGGCCGGAGCUGUAGCCUGGAAGAACGCAUCGAAUUUUCCGAGACGGACAAGAAGGAAAAAAUACGAGAGAAUUUCGUGGCAGCUCUGCAGAAGGAGUUUGCCGGCAAAGGACUGAAGUUCACGAAAGGAGGGAUGAUCAGUUUCGACGUCUUUCCCGAAGGCUGGGACAAACGCUACUGCCUGGACAUCCUGGAGAAAGAUGGAAUUAAAACCAUCCACUUUUUCGGGAACGAAACAGAUCCGGGCGGCAAUGACCACGAGAUCUUCCAGGACCCGAGGACAAUCGGGCACACGGUGGCGUCUCCCGAGGACACAGUCAGACUGUGCAAGGAGCUCUUCAACUGAGCCGGUGGCCACCGACUGGUCGAAAGCUCAAUGGUGGAAUCGAAGAGAAAGCGAGACUGACCGCCGGUCGGGCUAAUGAACAGGUUCCCCCCCACCCCCCCACCCCCACCUCCGAGUGGGGCGGAGGUACGCGAGCCCUGGAUUAUGCACAGACACAAACCCCCUCCCACCCCCGCUCCCCACUUCCCCCACUUCUGCUCCAUUCACGUAGCCUCUCAGGUAAAUUGCGCGUGUCAGCCUGGCUCAGUCUCUCACGCCUCCGAGUCAGAAGAUUUG